AUGAGAAUAACACUAGUUCGAGCGCGAAAGCUGUUUCGGUAUAGCGCACGCAGCGAACAUCGACUGUAUAGCACUAGAACAUCACGCCCUAUGGAUGAAUUUUCAGUUAGAAAGAGUUCUCUAUCUUAUACAGAUGCUGUGAGAGAAUCAUUAUCAAAUCUCAAGGCUUGUUUCUAUUUCAGAAAAGAUGAAAUUGAGGUCCUCCAUAGUCCAACGGAGUUUUACGAUACACUCAAAAAUAAGAUCUUCAAUGCUGAGCGCAGGAUAUUCUUGGCGUCCCUCUAUAUAGGCACAUCUCAAGAAGAGCUUAUCGCCUGCAUAUCCAAAGCUUUGGACAAGAACCCUAAUUUGAAAGUUUAUUUCCUAGUCGAUGGACUACGAGGUACCAGAGAAGCUCCAAAGAGCUGCUCUGCCUCUUUGUUGUCAAGGUUGGUGAAGAACCACCAGGACAGAGUCGACAUUCGCUUGUACAGAACCCCAGAGUUGACGAGACUCAAAGAAGCCUUGAUACCUAGAAGAUUCAAUGAAGGAAUUGGAUUGCAACAUAUGAAGAUCUACGGUGUCGACGAUGAGGUAAUUCUUUCGGGCGCCAACCUGUCUACAGAUUACUUCACCAACCGCCAAGACAGAUAUUACCUGUUCAAAUCCCCCCAAUUUGCAGACUAUUAUUAUGAUCUUCACCAGCUUGUGAGCCGCAUGAGUUAUCAGGUACAGUAUUCGGAAUCUGUUCAAAAGUUCAAGAUGGUGUGGCCUAAAGACAACUUGUCUAAUGAACCACACCUUGAUAGAGGCUUGUUUCUAAAGAGCUGCUCUGAUGCACUAAGAUCCUUUCUUAACAAGCCAAGGGGCUCGUUAACAAACCAAAAUAUUUCCAAGACAGGGGAAUUUCAAACGGCUGUAUACCCCAUUUCACAAUUCACCCCAAUGUUUAGAGACAACAAGGACUAUUCCACCGAGAAACCCACAAUUCUAAAAAUAUUAUCUUGCAUGAGGGAUAGCUCUAUCAGCUGGACUUUUACAGCUGGUUACUUCAAUAUGCUGCCAGAAAUAAAAAACCUCCUGCUUCUGUCACCCUCGAAGGAGGGUAGAGUAAUAACUGCCUCACCUUAUGCUAACGGAUUUUUUCAAUCUAAAGGCUUAUCGAGGCAUUUACCGGACGCUUAUCUGCACUUAUCUCAGAAGUUUCUUCAAGACGUUAAAAAUAGUGGGAGGGAAUCACAAAUUUCUUUGAACGAAUGGAAGAAAGGAAUCGUGAAUACUCCUGAAGGCUGGUCGUAUCAUGCCAAAGGCAUAUGGGUAUCAGAAAACGAUCCUAAGGACACCAGACCGGCUGUAACUGUUGUUGGAUCAUCCAACUACACAAGAAGAGCAUAUUCCGUUGACUUGGAAUCAAAUGUCGUGCUCGUUACGAAAGAUUCACAGCUAAAGAACGUAAUGCAAGCCGAGAUUGAUCGCCUAAUGUCCAACACAAAACCAGUAACAAUUCAAACCUUUAACGAAGAGCAUGAGCGUCAAGUCAGUCUUGGAGUCCGCGUCGCGACUAAAAUUAUAGGCAAAAGACUUUAA